UGUGAGUGCAAAGAUAGAGACUCUCCAUCGAAAGGUUGUGGCGAAAUUCGCCCACGGAUGUUUUCAUUGGUAGGAGCGGAUCCUCAGACCUGUCGUUGCCGCGAUGCCGUCACAAAGUCUAAGACUCGCUCGGUCCCGGUCACAGUUUCAGCUCUCAAGUUCUGCACUUCCUUCGUGGAUGCAGCGACCCAAAAGUUCAAUGACUUGCAGAUGCAGGCGAGACAACCAGGACGACCCCCAGCAAGUGCCAAAGAAUUCUUUGGUUUCAGCUCUGAGUUGACACCUGAGCUUGGAAAGAGGUUCUCACAGGCACAGUGGAACGAAGUGGAACUUGGUACACCGACGCAGCUGUGCUUAGCUGCUAUCUGAGCACCCCGGAACAAAUGGAUUAGGGCACCUGGACCCGUUGGUGAGGGACUCCGUUGGAAGCCAUCAUCACGUAUUGAAGCAUGUUUGCAGAAAGACUUAUGUGAAGAAAUUGUCAAAGAAACCACCAAGAACACGGCGACAAUGGUCCAAAUGGACAUCCUCAUAAUUGCUUUGCCCUUGGAGCAAAGCUGCGCCGAUCGAGUGGUGCGCAAGUUGGAGGCAGAGAUCUUGGGCUGUUGUGGGCGGGCCUGUGGUUGGAACAAUCGCAGCUGCAUGGCAUGGCCCUUCUUCACCCAAGGGGAGAAGGUUUCGUGGCUUGAGGAAUGUUGCACUGAAUUAUACCCCAUAGGAUCCAUGUAUGCCAUAUAUGUGAACAUUUACCAUCAAUAUACCCCAAAUGUUAGCAUAUAUACCAUACAUGGAUCCUAUGGGUACUGAGUUCAAUGUGUUGAACUGGUCCAGCCGUGAACAUGUGCAACUCAGUACUGAUCCCGGAGCAGACCCAACUUGUCUCACAUGACACGAACGCAAUGAAGGGUACAGAUGUACAUCCGCUGAUGUAAGCUCCUACAACAUUUGUACACUGUACCCGUACCCGCCUUCAUUGCGUUCGUGUCAUUCUGGGACCCACGGCUGCUUUGAACAACAGCUGCAGAAACUCAAAACAAUACUGUACCCAAAAAGACUGACCAGGUUGUGUCAGAUUUCUUGGAAAAGAACCCCGACAUCCGCGAGGAAGGGCUGAGCAAAGGUUGGUUCAGGGAAGAGACAAAUACAGAGAAGGAAAGGGAUGAAACAGUGUGGUCAACCUCCAAAGAGACAAAAACUCAACAGCUGCAUGCGAGAAGCAGCCUGGCAGGUCUCGGACAAACCUGAUCCCGAUGACUUUGACGAUGAUUCCUGCAAGAUAAUCGACAGCGGUCAGGCCAUUUCAGCAGCGGCACCUGAUGACUGCCUGAGAACAAACUUUGCAGGAGCUGGGAAGAUCAAAAGGAGGCUCUUUCAAUACAAGAACGAGGUCGAAACUACUGGUAGGGACAUUGAAGCUGUGGUCCCACACACUCCCACUCUUUGCCAUGUGGAGUCCGCUUUGUACGCAUGCCGUGAUUUUCAAAGGCAGGAUUUUGGCUUUUUUUUUGAUGUCAGGGGCUUUGAGGAUUUUUGUAGGCAAGGUCCCUGAGCAUCCUGAGCGUUCGGAGCAAAUCGCUCAGGAUGAUGCCCGUGCAGAUGCAGCGCUUAAAUCUGUUUGAA